UUCUAGCGGUGUCGCGGGCUGAUAACAAUUGACACUCUCCCACUGCAUAACGAGUUCCUUUGACAUUCGUGACUAGUAGGCGAGAACACUCGUUCCCCUGCACACGGUCUUCCUUCCGAAUUUCCUUAGCUGCGUGAUUGGCACUCUCUCUUUGUUUGACGGCCCACCGGCGGUCCACCACCCUCCAUGGUUCUACGUGGCCAAAAGCCUUGUUUUUGAUUUCUAAAAAGGUAAACAUCAAUGACGCAGGAAAAGGUUUUUCAGUGUCUCGAUAAAAGAAACCUGGCAGCCUUGUCGAAAGCACUACGCACGAGAAGUUGUCGCCGCGGCACGGCCUGUGUGACGGAGUCACGUUCUUUUGACUUGUUUGUCGUCUAUUCGGAAUCAAAUCUUCGGUCGUCAUUUUUUCUCUGUGUUCUAUUUCCCACUCAACUAUGCGCGUGCUAUCUGCAGCAUCGACCAAAAACUGUGUCCGAGUCAACUCUUUCGCUCUCUGUUCCGUUCCUUCCUUAUCUAUGUGUUUGUGGCAGCCAUACACAUACAUGUAGCUGCAUAUUUUAAGCAUGUAAUCAUACCGUCGCUGUAAGUGUAUAGCUCCUGUUGGCGCCCGCCUUGCCGUGGUCUUUUACCUUACACCUUUCUCCGUUUUUGUUAUCCCAGUUGUAUGUAGCAUUGGAAGAGGAGUAGCGGGUGUAGUUCAUCUCGUUGUAACCUUCCUCAAUCAUGGCGGAAGUUCGUCAUCGAUUCGUCUGAGUUUCUGAAUCCUUUCACCUCGGCUCCUCUCCCUUCCGAUUUUUUUUUCAUCUUCUUUCGUCGUCGUCUGUCCAGAAGCGAAGUAAAAUCUGUGGUGGAUUUUCCUGCGUUUGCGUUUUCGUCUUCCCUUUCUCUUAUUCAGCCCGCAACCUCUGCAACAGCUUUUCCCUUUAUUUCCCUUUAUCGCCAGGAGGGAAUACGCUCACAGGAGAGAGUAAACCCUUACAUCCCGCAUAUCUUUCCCCGACAGCCUGUGUCCCUCUUUCUCCGAGUUAUUUUUUUGCCGGCGUAACGCCAAAAUCGAACCUUCCGUAUGUGGUUCUUUCCUUUUCCUCCGCAAGCCGCCGGGUUGACAGCACUUCUUUCCACGAAAAGAUUCUGCGUUGUCCCAGAUUCUCUUUUGGCUCGCUUUUCCUCUGAUUCCAGUGCUUGGUGGCUUGGUGGCCAUGGCGCUCAGCAAGGAAAGAGACGAGGUCGCGCAUCUCGUCAAGUUCUGGUCGUCCACUGAAGGACGAGACAAAUCCACGAAAUGCCUUCAGUACGGAAGCCGAACGCUCGCUUCUUUUCUGGUGACAAGAAACCCGAAAGUAGCGGCAAAGUUUGCUGCUUUAAAUGGAACUGCAAGUGACGGUCGGAAGAUUUUUCGUUUGGGGAAGUUCUUGAACGAGUACGUGAAAGUCAAGGCAAUCCUCAUUGCUUUCUUACGGUCGCGCUGCAAGUCGGCGAAACUGUGCUGGGACGACUGCCAGAUAACCCAAUUGCUGCAGCUUAUCAGUCGUUCUGGGUUCCUCUGUUACUGGGUCCUGGAUAAUCUGCUUCUCCUCUCCAAAAUAAAGUUCCUCGGCUUCGAUACAAAGAAACUCGCCAAACUGUGCGGUGUUUUCUGGUUCAUAGGCCUCCUCGGUUCCCUUGCGAAUGAAGCUCGGACUUUGCGUAGAGUCCAAGAUGAGGAGCAAAGUCACUUGGACACGUUGGAGAGAGAAGAAGCUCGCCAAGACGACAAGAAUUUCGAGGCUUGUGCGAGAGAAACUACCAAGACACUGCGUAAAUUGAGGCAGGAGAAGACGGCAACGUCUCUCAACAUCAUCAAGAAUGCCGCGGAUCUUGUUGUCGCCUCCAAUCUGGCGCAAAUUCCACACAAAAUCUUUGGACAACCUUUUCCAGAAGGCUCCGUGGGAACUGCUGGCUUCAUCAGUGGAGCAAUCAGCUGCUACCAGAUGUACGAUUAAGUCCCCGCACAACACUCAAGGAAUCGAGAACACUUUCGUGCAUCCCAAAGUUUACCUUUCGAUAGAUGAGCCUAUGCAUUACCGUGUAAUCCUGAGUAGCAAAAUGUACAUCUACAUAUAUAUAAGUCAAUAUAGAUGAGAGCGAAGUAGUGGAGGUGUGUUUCAAAGUUCCGAAGAAGAGGGUAGAAGAGGGUUCAGAAGGAGUUGGUGGCUAGACAUGAAAAAGAGUAAAUGAGGAAUUCAGUGAAGGAAAACUCCAAGAGAGGGGGGAGACGAAAGAAGGCUUGCUGGUAGCGUGUAGUGUUUGGGAUGCGUCGAGCUACGGGCACAACGGAGGGAACGGCAAGCUCUAUACUGUCGCUUCUCAAGCGUUGCAGAUGAUUCUUUUGGCUAGAACAGGCCUGUUCAUCGUUGCACAAAAAUCCAAACACCUGAUGGUGUAAAGGAACUUUCCUCACCGAUAUCUCGGGACCGGACGAGCGCUGCCACAGAGUGCAAAGGCCUUUAUCGCGGAGAUCAUGUCACUUAGUUUGGUUAUUCGCUAUGAAUAUAUAUAUAUAUAUAUAUAUGAUUUCUGGGUACGGUGCCGAACUUUGUAAUGUGCCACUGAAGACUUUUCAUGCUUCUUUGGUUUUCUUGACGAGGCUCAAAACCGAUCUACUGAACUUUUGACUGAGAAAAGCUUACGGAGCCGACUGUGUAUCUUUUUUUUUUCCAGAGUAGUUACAAUUUUAUUAGGUGUACGUGCAAACACAAAAUUCCAUGAUUUUUGUUUGCCGAAGCAGAAAGUGUUCGCGGCAUAUCAGUGAAAGACAGGAGUUGUCAAGGACUGAAGAAAUCUUGACUGCGGCAACAGGGUGAUAGGUUAAGGAACACAGCGCCAUUUUGUUGCGGUUGAUUGAACUGUAGAAGCGAGGAAGAACUCCCAUAACUCCUGUGGUGCUUCCGGUGCUCUCCAUGGGCACCU